AUGCGACGACUUCUAUUGAUAUUUUUAUUAAUUUGCUAUGCCACGACUAACCAAAUCGUUGACGAACAUGGCCAGGAGGUUCUCAAGGAUUUUCAGGUGAUUUUCGAGUUUUAGGUUUUUUUUUUGGUCAUGAGUUCUUGAAACAGGGAUAGUGGGAAAACGUAGGUUUAUAUAUUAUUAACGAAUAAUCGAUGUGUAUUAAAACGACUUAGAAAAACCUCUGGCUAAUAAAAAGUCCAAAAAGGCGAUCUUCUCUUUGAUCAACGUUGAUUUUGAGUCCGCUGAUCUUUGAUAAAUCAAAAACUGACGCUGAUCUUCUACAAAAUGAUGUUUUGCUUCAUCUCGGUCUUGAAUCCAGCAACGUCACGAAUCCAAGUCCGACUAGCCAAUGUCGCAGGAGGGAUAUUCUGGUUCGGAAAUGACGUUUCCAUUGAAGAAAAAAUUUGGGAGAUUCGUCAUGGAUAUUUUCUUUUCAAAAACUUAAUUUUAUCACAAAUAAUACAUGAAUAACUUUAUUAUUCUUUCUAUAUCGUAAAUUUUAUAAUUUCUCAAAUAUCGCUUUUACUCACAUGUGAUUGGGGAAUCUUUUGAAACAACCGAAAUAAUUUUUUUGAACUCCGCGCGGCUUUUUAAUAUUUUUUAAAGCGUUGGAGCCACUUGAACAAAACCCUUUUUUUUCCAAUAUCUAAAUCCAAAAGUUCAAUUGCUAGGCCAUAAAUCCCGUUGCGAUUUUGCCACGCACCCAUAUCACUUACCUUAUGGAUUCCGAACGCCUUGUCGGGAAAGAGAAAAGAAAAGGGGAAAAAAAGCGAGAGUGAUGGCCUCAUCUAUUGACGAAAUCAUCGUGGAAACGGGUACGAUGGACAAUCCCCCCCAGGGCGCCACGUCAAUCUCCGCCCUCAAGACGUUAGUCCAUUCAUUCAAAUCUGAAACCUUCCCUGGAUUUGGACUUUUGCCGGUAAAACUACACAUAUUCCCAUCAUCUGGUCUGGUCGGUUCUUCACAUGAAUGGAUAGCCCUGUGGCUGAUGAUGUUUGCUUUUUUCGCCUUUUUUCGUGAUCAGUGAAUUCAUUGACAGUUGUACGACAUGAAUUUCGGUGGUAUUAAAAAAACACCAUCGAUCGUAUUGCUAGGGAAGACUUUUUUCUUUCAUGUUUUUCGGUUUAUAAAACAUCCAUAAACAUUUUUUUUUUCCUAUUUCUUUGUGUUUUAAUCAUAAACCAACUACCUAAUUUAUAUAGGAAAAUUUAACACGAAGAUUUUAUCGAGAAAAAAAGUCGGAAAAAGAUUCGUCGGAAAGUUCCCUAGCGAUAUGGAAAAAACGGAAAAGUCGCCGUUUGAAUUUUCGCUGGUGUUUUUUUCAUACCACCUGAAUUUCGAAAUGCAAAUCGGAAUAUUUCCGAGCGGCGUUUUUUUUUAAAAUUUCAUUACUUUAUUUUCAAACGGGAGCAUUUUUUUGACUGUGAGCUUUUUCAUAAAAAAAUUUGCAGGCAGAGCAACUUGCAGCUCCCAAAAAAACUAAGCAGACCAAAGUUUUACCUUCGAAAAGCUAAACAGACCAAAAUUCAGCUAUUGAAAAAUUUUGCGCAUUGCCGUCUUUGAAAUUAUUUUUGCGUUUCAAAAGAGUUCGCGAAAUACGAAAAAAUGGAAUUUCGGGAGCCAUUAAAAAAUUGGGUCCUACAACGAUAUGGCGGCUUUUGCGCGCGAGUUCAAGUUUUGGUUGAAAAAUGCCCGAUAGUUUCAAAUAUUGAAGUUUUGCGCGUAAAAGCUGAAUCGCUUUUUUUUUUUCAAUUUACACGAAAAAUAAAGUUUUGAAGUUGCCGAAUUUAUUUUGAAGGUGAUGUAGUACCACGACUUGGAAUUUCACCAAACGACAUUUUUUUUCCCUUAUAUUAAGGUACUCUACUUUCAUUUGCCCCCACAGCAAUAACAAUCAAUUUAAAGCGUGACCUAGAUUCGAAAAACGCUUCACGAACGCACGCAGCGGAACAGCGGAAUGUCGUUCGGUGAAAUUUCAAGUCGUGCCACACAGACCAUAUCAAAAAAUUAGCUUUCUUCAAUUGUCUUUGAUUUUCAAUUUUAACAAAAUUUUCAGCUCUUCACUUGGAAAUGGGAAGAAGUCAACCAAGUGUAUCUCAUCACCGUCUGGUUGCUCAUCGCCUCUCUUGCUAAAAUUUGUAAAUUUUCGAAAAAACUUUUAUUCAAUUUUUAUUAACUUUCAGUAUUCAAACUACUUAAGCCGAUCUCACAAUGGCUUCCCGAAUCCUCGCUUCUCAUUAUUGUAGGCCUCAUUUUGGGCUUUUUGCUCCAUCAAACGCGGUUUAGUGGGUAAGGUUCUACACUAGAAAAAUCUCAAGAUCAACUAAUUUUUUUGUAGAGUCACCCUGGAUUCGAAGACUUUCUUCUUGUAUCUUCUACCGCCUAUAAUUUUUGAUGCAGGUCUUAUUUAAGCCCUGAUUUUUCAAAUAAACGGAAAAAAUUGAGGUUAUUUCAUGCCAAAUCGAGCUUUAUUUGAAAAUUUCGACUCUGUGAUGUUGUUCGCCGUUCUGGGAACGCUAUGGAACACUUUUUCCAUCGGUUUUUGAAUAUAUUUUCAAUCGGAGAUUCAAUUUUUUUUUAGGAAUUUCACUUCUCCUCAUGUGUCAAUAUGGUUUAUUUUCCAUGUCUUUCACCACUUUUGAAAUAUUCGUCUUUGCAGCUCUCAUUUCCGCAGUUGAUCCGGUAUCUAUCAUUCUUAAAUAAAAUGAGGAUAUUUGAGUUUAGGUUGCUGUGAUCGCAGUUUUCGAAGAAAUUCAAGUCAAUGAGUUUUUGUUCAUUAAUGUGUUCGGUGAAGCUCUUUUCAACGAUGGGGUCACUGUGGUAAAUUAUUUUUUCGACCUUUUUUUGAACCUGAAUCGCGUAUGAAAUGCGUUCACUCCCAUUGUGUCUGCUGAACGCGCGGCUGACCUCGUCAGCAUCGGUGGUUCAGUGGUAGAAUGCUCGCCUGCCACGCGGGCGGCCCGGGUUCGAUUCCCGGCCGAUGCAAUUCCCUUUUGCUAUUUUUUAGGAAUCUCAUUUUCAGGUGCUCUAUCAAAUGUUCAAAAGCUUUGCCCUAGUCGGUUCGGAACACCUUUCGAUAUCCGAUUAUCUCACUGGUGGACUGUCUUUCUUCGUUGUUGCUCUUGGAGGAGCUGCGAUUGGAUUGAUUUUCGCUUUGAUCACUAGUUUGGCUACCAAGUGAGUUUAACUCAGCUUCAAAAAUAUCAAAGCGAAAAUUUACAGGUAUACAAAUGAAGUGAAGAUUCUGGCGCCAGUUUUUAUUUUUAUUCUGCCUUAUAUGGGAUAUUUGACCGCUGAAAUGGUGUCACUUUCUUCGAUAAUUGCGUGAGUUGAGAAAAAAAACAUUGAAGAAUCAAAACGAGUUUAGAAUCGCAGUAUGUGGAAUGGUUAUGAAGCAAUACGUCAAAGGGAAUAUCAGCCAGGCCGCGGCGAACUCUGUCAAAUAUUUCAUUAAAAUGCUCGCUCAAUCGACUGAAACCGUCAUUUUCAUGUAAUUUUGUUGGUAUUCAUCAUGAAAAAAUGCUCAAGAAAAGAAAAAGUGACAAAAACAAUAUUUUGAGCUUCUGUAAUUCGGAAUGGUGUAUGCACACGACGCAAAAAGACAUACCAAUUUUCCGAAAAAAUUUGAUAGCCCAAAACUCUUUUUGAAGGUUCCUUGGUUUGUCAACUAUCGCAUCGCCUCAUCACUUCGAUUUCACAUUCAUUAUUGCAACUGUCCUUUUUUGCCUACUCUACCGAGCCGUCGGUAUAUAUCCCAUGCGAUUUUAAAUCGAAUUUCUUUUAGGAAUUGUCAUUCAAUGUUACUUUUUGAAGACCUUCCGUGGCCGGAAAUUUUCAAAGGUUAAACUUUUCGAUUUUCUCUUCUGAAGUUCUGAAAUUAGGUCGACCAGUUCAUCAUGUCCUAUGGCGGGCUCCGUGGCGCAAUCGCCUACGGUUUGGUCGUUUCCAUGCCGGCUUCGAUCAAUGCCAAGCCGAUGUUCGUGACAACAACUAUCAUUGUUAUUUACUUCACAGUGUUCUUACAAGUUUUUUUUUAGGUUGAAAUUGAUAUAAGUUUAGAAAUAUUGCAGGGGAUCACGAUUAGGCCAUUGGUCACUUAUCUCAAUGUUAAGAGAAAAGAAGAUCGGCAAGCGACAAUGGCUGAGAGUGUCUAUGUCAAGGUUGAUUUCCGAAAUUUCGUGAUUUUCAGAGUUUUUUUCUUUGAAACAAGUUUGAGUUCCCCGAGUUUUGCGGAAGAAAAGAAUGAUAAUAAUGAAAAAAAAAUGCAAGAAAAAUCAUAGGAAUUUGCAAAACAAAGUUUGCGCCAUCGUGCGCAUUGGCGCAAAUCGAUGGUUAUUUGCGUCUUUUUUGUGCAUGUUUUUCUAUUCAUUUUUUUGUGUUUUUUUCUUGAUAACUUCGAUUUUUCAGUAUUUGGACUACAUGAUGUCGGGCGUUGAGGAUAUUGCUGGACAGAAAGGACAUUACACAUUUAUUGAGAAGUAAUUUAUUUGAAUUUUUCGCUUCACUGAUUUUUUUUCAGCUUCGAAAGAUUCAACGCAAAGGUGAUCAAGCCGGUGUUGAUGAGAAACGAGAAAAAGCAAUCUUUUGACGCUACGACCAUUGUCCGAGCCUAUGAGAAGAUCACCCUGGAAGAUGCCAUGAAUCUUGCCAAUCUUCGGCAUUCCAUCGAGAAUAAACGUCUCGAAAAGAUUAAAAGGUUUGGAAAAGUUUCUGUUGGUUUUUUAACGAUUUUUUUUUGGCUAAUAUAAUUUUAAAAAAGGGUCCUUGUAAAGGAUUUAUGUCAUGUCUUAUUAUUAAAUUUUCAAUUCACCCUCUAGAUUUUUUUUGUUUUUUGUUUUUUUUUAAUUUUCUCCUCAAAUAAUCGGGACAGUCUGCUUCUAUGUUUUACUUGCUAUAUGAAAACUUGUGGAUUAAAAAAAUUCUUGGGAUUUCAAAUAUUUUUUUGUGGCUUAGUAAGACUUCUUUGCCAUAGACCAGAUCUCUUUGAAUAAUUUUUUUUCAUUCCAUAAAUUCCAGUGAUGCCAGAAUCGCUAAUGUUUCCUCGAACCAAAUCGCACCAGAAUUGACGGUUACCCCGAAAGAUAUUCAAUUGAGACGCGUAAGUUUUUAAAAUUACUACUUCCCCCAAAAAAAUGUUUUUUCAAGUUUAUGGAUUCUGGCGAGAACAUCGACACGCUGUACUCGUUGUUCAGCGACUUGUUGGACAGGAAACUGAGCGAAAUGACGAGCAAAAAAGUGGAAACGUCGGCUGUAGAUGGAGAGGACGACAUCAAGGACGAUUAUAUGAAGGAGAUUGAGGUGGAAUAAAAUGUCAAGUGAUCACUUAAAGAAAAUUCUCUCACGUCUUUAGUGGUCACUUCGGAGGCGCUACGGGUUCUCUAGGGAUCACUUGAGUAGUGUUAGCUCUUCUUUAGGAUUCACUUGAGAGGUCCAUUCCACGAGUAUCCAUGAUUAUUGAAAUUUUUUAAAAAUGCGUUGUUUUGGUUACUGUAAGAUAGGGCUACCGUAACCUGGAUUACUGUAUGUUCUUUUUAAUUUCAAUAUUUUGACUUGGACAGUAAUUUUUGACUCGAUUGAAAUCAGGCUCACAACGUCAUGUUUUUCACAAUUAUAGUUUAGAUUUACCGUACUCUGGGAUACUGUAGGUUGGUGUAGAUUGAACUUUCUGCGAAUAAAGCCUCUGAUUUUGUUGUUUCCGAAUGAUGGGGUUACUGUAGUUUUUUUAAAAGGGUUUUUGUUACAGUGUCUCCCACAAGUUUCAAACUUUGAGAAAGAGACUACUGAAAGAAGUUAUGCUGAAGGGUUAACUUAAGGGCUCUCGACCCAACCUCCAAGCUCUCCACAAGUCUUCCGAUAAUCUCCCGUCCGAUGUCCGAUUCCGACAAGGCCGUCGUCAAAGCACCGGCGACCUGGAAACGGCCAAAAAAGCCGCCGAUUUCAAUGUUUAGAUCCUAAUUCUGUUAUUGCUUAGCACCCACUAACAUGUAAAUAUUCGCAAUCUGUGAUAAAUGUUGAUAGCUUUUUUUGUACUUUUUUAUUGUUGGUUGAAAUGUCCAAUUUCCAUUUUUGUUAAUUAAAUUAAAUCAGAUCUACCGUACUCCAGGUACGGUGCGUUCGAUCGGCAUUUUGUGGCUGGAAAAUUCUCAACAGGAAUGUAAAGACUUUUCAGCGACAGUAUCGCAGAGGCUACUGUAGAGAGGAGGUUGGUAUUUUCGCUACAGUAGUCAAAGAGAAAAAAUCUGCGAGUUUUUAGGAAAACUGACCUUCGAAACUGUAGAAAACGACUAUGGGACUGUAGGAUCAACCCAGUUUAGUUACAGUAACCUACAGUAAUCCUACUUUCAAAAAAGGCCAAAAAACCGUUGACAGAACAUCUUACGGGUACAGCCAGUAAUAAAAGUGUAACCACUAAGAAGUCCCGCGAACGGUCGGUGGCUCUAGGAGUACUGUAUAAUUAACUACAGUAGAAUUGACUACGGUAGGAUCGACUACGGUAGGAUCGACUACAGUAGGACUUUUGGGAUUUUACCUUACUGUAUUUUAGAAUCUGUCCUUCUUGAAAAGGAAGCGAACAAUUUUGAGAAUAACCGAGAAAAUCUAUAAUUUGUAGUUUGUUUAGGACUACUGUAUUUUGGUUACUGUAGCCUUUUUAUAAAGGUUUUUUUGCUGGUUUACUGUAGCCCUAACUUCCAAAUAAGGCGACCCAUCGUUGACAGAACAUCUUACGGGUACAGCUAAAAGUAAAAGUGUAACCAUUAAGAAGUCCUGCGAACGGCGGUGGCUCUAGGAGUACUGUAGAAUUAACUACAGUAGAAUUGACUACAGUAGAAUUGAUUACUGGAGGAUCGACUACGGUAGGAUCGACUACAGUAGGACUUUUGGGAUUUUACCUUACUGUAUUUUAGAAUCUGUGCUUCUUGAAAAGGAAGCGAACAAUUUUGAGAAUAACCGAGAAAAUCUAUAAUUUGCAGUUUUUUAGGACUACUGUAUUUUAGUUACUGUAUAAAGACAUUUUAGCCGGUUUACUGUAGCCUUGACUUCCAAAUAAGGCGACCUAUCGUUGACAGAACAUCUUACGGGUACAGCUAAAAGUAACCAUUAAGAAGUCCUGCGAACGGUCAGUGGCUCUGGGAGUACUGUAGGGUGGACUACCGUAAAAUCGACUACAGUAGGAUUUUUAGGACUUUUCCUUCUGUUUUUGACCUUUUUUAUAUUAGUUAAAAGAAAUCUGUUCUGGUAGUUUCAAGUUUUCUUCAGGAGUACCGUAUUUAGAUUACUGUAAUCUUCGAGAUCUGAACAAAAAAAACUGUAGCCUACUUUAGUUUCUCUAUAUUGACUCGCGAGUUUAGAUAGCUACUAAGAUUUCCUAAAAGCGAUAGUUUCACGGGUACUGUAGCUUUCUUACUGUAGACCCAAAUAACUCCUCGGUGAAAUUUCCUUUACUGCUUCAAAGAAAAGCAACGAACCUUAUAGAGUCAUGAUGUUCUGUAGAUUACUGUAGCCUUGAAGACCUGAAAAACGCUUCGGUACUGUAGUUUACUGUAGCUUACCUGUCUUUGCUCACAAAUUAGGCGACCCACCGUUGACAGAACAUCUCACGGGUACAGCCAAAAAUAAUAAAGUGUAACCAUAAAGAAGUUCUGCGAACGGAUGGAUCAGCCACCUCUGAAUACACAGUGUUAUAAGAAUGAGACCUUUUUAGGGUCCAAUGACUAGAAAUACAGAAAAAGACGGGAAAUAAAUGGAAGAGGACAAGAAAUACAGGACAAGACAAAAAAUACAGAACAAGACGAGAGAAUGCAUGGGAAAACCUGAGAUUUUUCCGGUAUUUAUACCAGUCUGGGUGCCGAAAAAAGGCGUGGCUUAUUUACUACGUGCCAAUGGCUUUUUGCCAAUCGAACGAUUAGGCAAAGGAACGCCGUGCUUGUGGCAACUUUUUCGUAACUUUCCACGCUAUUUGGGGCUGAUAUCGGAUCUUUAACGACUAGAUUAUCUGUUGAUCGGCACAUUUUUUGUCAAGGUGUCGAUGGAUGUGUGAUUUUUCGUGGGAAUUACCCUUUUUUCUGUUUUUUGGGGUUUUUUAAUUGAUUUUAUUAGCUUGAAACCGUUAAAGAUGAGAAAAAUGACCAUUAUUCCCCUUUAUUUUGUCAUUUUGGUGGAAUUUUAAGUUGAAUAGUUUAUUGUUUUACUUUGGAAAGUAUUUUUUGAGGUUUUAUCACUUGAAGUUAUUAGCUUUAUCCGUGAAAAUCUUGGCUCAUAACCGUUAAAUGUAAGAAAAAUGGGCUUUUUUGUCAUUUUGAUGUGAUUUUUUCAAUUCGGAGCUGAGUAAAAAGCAAUUUUUAUGAUCUUCUACGCUUUAAAUGAAUUUUUUUAAAGUAAGGCGUAAAGAUUUUUGCUGAUUAUUCAGAACUUUAAGAUUUGGGUAUUUCUUUUUUUAUGUGGGAAAGUGUGUUCUGAGGGGCUUUCAAUUCAUUUUUUUCUAGCUUUAUCCGUGAAAAAUCUUGGCUCAUAAUUGUUAAAAAUUAAGAAAAAAAUGGGCUUUUUGUCAUUUUGAUGUGAUUUUUUUUCAAUUCAGAGCUGAGUAAAAAAAGCAAUUUUUUUAUGAUCUUCUACGCUUUAAAAUGAAUUUUGAAAAAAAGAAAAAAAUGUUUGUUGAUUAUUUUGAAAAAUUUCAAGAUUGAUUACAAGAAAAAUUUCCUACUUUUUAUUGAAAAAAAUAUUUUUUUCGAGAUUUUUUUCACUAAAAAUUUAUUUUUUUAUUUCCAAAAAUUUAUUUUUUUGUAUGAAAUUUCUAGCAUUACCCGUGAAAAAUCUUGGCUCAUAACCGUUAAAAUUGAUAGAAAAAUGGCUCUAUUUUUAUCCUUUUCAAAAAGUUCCAUGACUGAUUUUCAAAAAAAGGAGUUUUUAUGAUCCUCCUACAGAUACGUUUCGAAUGAACUUUAAAAGGAAGAAGAGAAUUUUUUAAUCGUUUUGUUGUCAUUUCCAAUUUUCGAAAGCUUUCAAUAAGUUUCACUGCUUUUUCAGCCUUCAGAAUGGAAAAAAGUGGUUUUUUAUAACGGUUUUAGAGUUUCAAAGAGAUUCCUUAUGUUUUUUUAAACAGUAUAUAGGUUUUUUGAGCAAUCAGGUGAAUUUUGAGAUAUAUUGUACUGUCAAAAUUAUGAAAAUGGCUUAAGAUUUGGACUUAAAACGCUUAAAACUGGAAAAAUUAUUUUUACCUGAAGCUCCUAACAGGGAAAAUGUGUUGAUUAGCCCAAAAAGGGACUGAAACUUGAAUUUCUACGGAUUUUAUCCAUUUUCUUCUACAAUCGUCCUUUAAUAGUGUUAUUUUUGAGGUGGAAAAACUUAUUCUGGUCCAUUUUUUUUUCUUUGCUUCUUUUCUACGUUCAGAAAUAGUCAUUGUGAUCAAACUCUAAUUAUUUUUCAAUCAGAGGUUUUGAUUUUUUUAAAUGUUAUGAAUGGAAAAUUUGAGUUAAAAGCGCGAAUUUUCGUUAGUUUGAAUUUUUCCUGCAGUGGUUCUAGGAUAAUAAUUGACUAAUAUAUCACUAAAAAAAGAGCUCUUCGUCUUGAGACCUUUAUGAAAAACGACUAUGCUCCUUUAAAUUCCUGAAAAAUUAAUUUCGAAAAUUUUUUCGCAAAGACUAUUGUUCAUAAUUAACAUUCCGAACAAUAACCUCUGUUGGAAAUAGAAAAAUCCAAUUUUUCGGCACCUAGUGACCCCCUCGAGAUCGCCAGACGUUCGGCGUUGUUACAACAUAAAAAGAUGUAUAUACGAAGGAGAGAGAUGAGAGAGGCCAGAGAAAGAUAGGACGAAUAGGAGAGACACGAUUCCUCUAACCGUCUGGCCAAUCGAGUCCAAAAAAAAUUGUCAAUAUUUGACCUCGGGAUUUUGGCACCUUUUGACAGUUCCUGGAGCGAUUUUUGCGCAUUUUGCUCAUUUUUUGGUAAUUUUCACCGUUGUAGACGCUUCUAUGGGUUGUAUAUAUAUUUUUUAAUCUUGUGAAGAUUUGAUUUUUUUCUCUUAUUUAAGUUUAGAAAAAGGUGAAUUUUUACAUAAUCGGCGAAAAAAAUAAUUUUUUUCAGAAUCUUUAGUAUUAUUUUUUUAUAAAAAUAUUCCAUUUUACUUGAAAUUUUUUUAUUUUUUUAUUAAAUUGGGUCUUUUUUUCUCAAAAAUUAGUCUGAAAAAAGAGCGAUUUUUCUGAAUUUUUUUCAAAAACUCAAACGGCUGAUUUUUCACUAUUUCCUUUCAAAUUUCGAUAAAAAAAGUUGUUUUCCGUUCUUUUUUCAAAAAUGACCUUCUAUCAACCUUGAAGAAAGUGUCCGCAUUUUCGAGAAAAGAUGCAAAAUCUGAUAAGAAUUGAAUCUAUUGCACAACCGACCGGUUUCGGUUUUAAAGCGAGGAGAGCGGGAUUUUUUUGAAAUUUUUUUCCCGUUCUUUGAACUUUUUAAAAUUGAAAAUGAGAUGAAAUUCAAACUUCAUAUGAUAUUUUUUUGUUAGUUUGAAGUUGAAAAAUGAUCUUCAAAUUGAAAAAUUUUUUUGAAAAAAAGGUUUUCUUAGUGUUUUUUUCAAUGAUAAAAAAAGUCUGUAAAGGCUUUCCAUGAUUUUUGAUAAUUUUUUUAUAUUUUUUUAUCAUCUUCGAUCAAAUUAAUGAAUCAAGAAAAAUAGAAGAAAGAUUAAACUCGAACUAAAGAAAAAAAGUGAAAAAUUUCUGAAAUUUGUUCGCCUUAUGUAUGUUUUCUGAUUGAAAUCAUGACCAAAUAGAUGAUUUUUUUCUUAGAAAUGAAUUUUACAAUUUUUCUCCUGGUUAAAAAGCCUCCAAAAAGCGUGAAUCUAUCUGAAAAUGGAGAAAAUCGUUUAAUUUUUCCGGGCAUUCUGGAAAGUUCGGGCGGUUCGGUCACUUUUUCAAAAUGGCCAUUUUUAGAAAAUUCGUUUUCCAGUUCUAAAUUGUUCAAGUGUCCAGAAUGCGUAGAAUUUCCGAUUCUGGUUCAGUUUUAGGGUUGGAAAAAUCAAAUUUCGGCUCAAAAUAGGAGAUUUUGUGUUUCUUUCAAUAAAUUCGACCUGAAAUCAAAGUUUGUCAAGUGCGCAGUAGUGUUCAUGAAGACUUGAGAGCAUUUUUUGGCGAAAAAAGAGAAUUUUUAUAUAAUAUAAUGGCCAGAUUUUUCGAAAAACUGUCGUAUAAUGAAGAAAUAUGUGCUUUCAAACCGUUAACACCUUUAAAAGGCCCAAAAAAACUCGUCAAACUUUGAAAAUUGAAGAUAUAGGCGGCAUAAAAACCCGUUUUCAUUGUUGAGCGUGUACAUUGGACCCAUCACUGCUCGAAAAAGCCAACCAAUCAUCCUUGAAACAGUAAAAAGUUGUAAGGAAUGUACCCAUCGAGCCCGGGAGGACAGAAACUAUUACACUGGGCGCGUGUUUGAACCUUCAAGGAGCCGAUCAAAACGAGGCGAUUUUCUGGGGUUUUUUAAAGUGUGGCGUGAGACCUUCUCUUUGUUUCAUCAUUUUUUGGUUUCCUGAUAGCGAUUAGGAUCAGAAAAUUGAGCUUUUCUAGGUAUUUUGGUCGUUUUUUAAAGCUUCUAGGGGUCUGAAUCAUAUUUUACGACGUUUUUAAGCGUGAGAGAUUUUUUUGAAUGUUCUUUUCUUCCGUGGGAACUCACGUAACUUCACUUUUCCAUAUGAUUUUUUUCUAAUUCAUAUUUUUCAAACAUUUGCGAAGCCCUCGUUGAGAUUUUGUUUAUUGGGAAAAUUUUUAGUGGCCACUAUAGGGUUUUGACGUUUUAGUGGCCCCUAUAGUAGUGAAAUUAGUGGUCACUUAAGGGGUUAAAAGUUAGUGGCCACUCUAGAGGUCUAAGUGCUACUACUAGACCAAUAAAAAUUUUAGUGGCCACUUUAGGGGUCAAUGGAUCAACACAACUGGUCCAAUCUGUUUGUUUUAAAAUUAUCAGAGUUAUCGGAAGAAAUGUUGGAUGAAAAACUACUGAAGUGGACACUAAUUUUUAACCCCUUAAGUAGCCACUGAUUUGACUAAUAUAGGGGCCACUAAAAAUUUUCCCAGUAAUCCGAUGUAUCCUCCUUGCUUCCUGUUCAUACUUUUCUUGGAUCUUUCAGCCCAAUAUGAGCAAAGAUGUGUCACUAUCUUGGCUGGAUUAUGCGAUUUUCGCGGCGAGUAUCGGACUGUCCCUGGGCACCGGGAUUUAUCAUGCAAUCAAGUUGGUUUUUGGGAGUUUUCUGGGAAAUUAUGUCUUUUUUUUCACAUCUUAAGAGCAAUAAAUGAGUUCCGGACGAUUUUUGGUCAUCUAUAGUCUGUUCAGAGUUUGAAUGUCAAGUCGUCGCUCAAGCUCCACCCCUAUUGGUGCGAUAAACCAAUCAGAGAGCGAGCCAUCCACAGAGUGUUUUUGAAUGACGUCAUUGCACUUGACAUUAAAAAUCUGAACAGACUAUACUGAUGAAAUUUGCAAUUUUUUUAAAUUAUCAUGUCGAAAAGUUCAAGUGAGAGGCUAUUUGGAGUUGAAAUCAAGUUACUCAAAAUUGUAAGAAAACCUUUUUUUAAUUCAAAGAUAAAAAAAUGACGCAAAAAGGAAAAAUUUUUUUGACUAGCUGCUCAAUUUUUCAGAAUGAGAAACGGCUAAAAAAAGUUCUAAAAAAAGGCCAAAAACUCGAUUUUUUUCAAAAAAAUUUAUGCGCUUUGGUAAUAAAUUGUCAAAAUGACCCUGUUUUUUUGGAAUUUUUAAUCUUGAGCACAAAAAUUCAAAUAAUUAAGCUCAUAAAGUCUGCAUUUUACAGAUUCUCCAAAAAACGAACAACUUGGCUCCCCACGAGUUAAAUGCACUUUGGUACUAAAUUUAUUAAAAAUAGCCCUUUUUAGGGUCAUCAGAUAUAAAAAAAUGAAAAAAAGGAGCUCGAUGAGGCUGCGAAAUUUUCAGAAAUAGACAAAAAAUUUUUUCUCCAAGUUUAUGCUUCAUUUUUUUCAAAUAAAAGAAACAGUUUUUGGAAAAUCAAAAAUAAAGUAAAAAAACACAUCGAAAAAAAUUUUUCAAUAAAACCGAGAGCUCGAUUCUCCUCCUUUUUCAUGCCCUUUUUUUGAAAAAUUCAAGACGUUGAGCUCAAAAAUUCAGAAGCCGAAUAGUACUCCGACGAGGUGACAGAACCGCCAAGGAGGAAUAUUUGAUGGGCGGACGGCAGCUUCCGCCGCUCCCAGUGGCCCUUUCCUUGCUGACGACCUUCCUUUCGGGGAUUCUGAUGCUUGGAGUUCCGGCUGAGAUGUUUCAGAGAGGUGCGAUGGGAAGACGAUUUUAUAGAGUUGAAAACAAAAUGUUGAAACUUGUAAAAAUCUGAAAAAGUCAUAUUUUUUCGAAAUUCAGGUAUAACAGGUUAACCUGUUGAUUAAUUGGGAAAGGUGUAAAAUUCAGAAAUUAGCUCAGGUAUAACUUUCAACCUGUUUAUUAGGUAUAGUCCGUUUUUCGCGUCUUUUAAAAGAUUUCUCUGCGCCCUCCUCGUCUCUCGGCAACCCUCUCAUUUUACCGUGCUAUUUUCAUGUUUCUCUGACCUUGCUGGUGAGACAACAGAGAGACGCAGACACCGGAAAAUAUUCAAGUUGCAAAGAAUGGACUAUAAAUCAGCUAGUCAGAGCAAACUUGAAUUUUGAAGAAAAACUUGACUCUAUUGAUUUUUCGGCUCAUUUUUCUGCCUGUCCAGUAUUCUCCUGUUCCAAUUUUCAAGAACCUCAUUAAAUGACUAUUUUUCUUCUUCUAAUUAGCCGGUGUCACGAAAUGACAACUGUUGGUAAUUGGAACCCAUCAGAGACUUUAUUGCCUUCCAAGAACCUUUUGCAUGAGCUUGAAGAGUUUUUUAUUUGUCUCAGCAGAAGUUUUGUAACACUUUUUUGAGGCUUUGAAAAUGGCAAAAAGAUUUUUGACCUGGAUAGGAUCCGAACUUGAGAGUUGCUAAUCACACAAUCUGUUUGAUAAACUGACUUCUCGUUGGAUGAAAUCUUAUCUGAACUGGUUAGAAUUGAACCCCAGGCUUUUUGAUAUUUUUGAGGACGGAAAAAUGGCAAAAAAAUUCCUUGACCUGGUGAGGAUUCGAACUUAGGUCCUUGUCACGUUCGCAAACUGGUUGAAGAGCUUUUUUCUCGAAUUAGGUUAGAAUUUUUCUUCAUCUUGAGUUUUUCUUCAUCUUUUCUUCAUCUGUGAGGAUCCCAACUUGGCUCCUCACCACAUUUAUAAGUUUGUUUGAAGAGUUCUUUCGGCUGUAAAAUUGCGGAACUUCCGAGAAAAAAAUGGCAAAAAAUGAUUAGACCCGGAGGGGGUCCGAACUUGGUUACUUAUAAAAUUUAUACAUUAGUUGAACAGUUUUUUCGGCUCAAAAUAGGCAAAAAUAGGCGAACUUUCGAGAAAAAAAUGGCAAAAAAUUAUGCGACCCGAAUAGGAUCCGAACUUGGAUCCUCACAAAAUUUAUAAACUAGUUUAGGAGUUUUUUUAGCUUAAAAAAGGCGAAACUUUUGAGAAAAAAAUGGCAAAAAACUUAUUUGACCUAAAGAGGAUCCGAACUUGACCCCUCUCCACGUUUAUAAACUAAAUUAAAAGUUUUUUUUGCUCGAAAAUGAAAUUUUUCUGAGACAAAAAAAUGGCAAAAAAAUUAUUCGACCUGGAGAGGAUCCGAACUUGGAUCCUUACAAAAUUUAUAAACUGGUUGAGGAGUUUUUUUUACGAUCAAAAACUUUCCGAGACAAAAAAAAUGGCAAAAUUUGUUAGACCCGAAGAGGAUCCGAACUUUUUGCAGGCGUUCAGAUCUGGCUGAACUUCGUCAUCGGCGUCGCCUCAUCCAUCAUCACUUGCUUCGUUUUUUUGCCAGUUUUCCACAAAAUGAAAAGCACCUGCCUCCAUGAGUAUUUUAUACACAGGUUCUAGAAAAACCUGGAAAAUUAAUUAAUUAAUUAACUAGGUACAACUCUCUGUUGAUCCGAAGGAUGUUCUCAGCUUUGUUCCUUCUUUUCACGAUAACUUACAUGGCCGUCGUGGUUUAUGCGCCCUCCGUCGCCCUAUCGCCCGUCCUUCAAAUCGACAAGUUUUGGCUCAUUUUGGUUGGGAAACCGCGCUCCAUUGGACUCAUUUUGAGGAAAUUUAGAUAUUCGGAUGUACCACUACGUUGUACACUUGCAUUGGCGGGAUUAAGGCCGUCGUUUGGACCGAUUCGCUUCAAGCCGUCCUGAUGUAUUCUGGAGUCUUGUUGCUUAUUAUUAAAGGUGGUUAUUGACGUCAUUUUGACGGAUAGUGACGUCAUUGAUGGUCUUUUUGACGUCAUUAAAGGUUGUUAUUGGCGUCAUUUUGAAAAAUAGUGACGUCACUGAUGAUAUUUAUGACGUCAUCUGAUUUACUCUAAAGAGAUUUUCCCCAAUUUCGUACGGAUAGCGGCUUUUUUCGGAGAAAUGACGUCAUAAGGAAGUAAGAUGUCAUUGAUAUCCAUGACGUCAUGAUCCGUAGCUUUCGAAGUCAGAAAGUAGAAGAUUUUCUUUAAUAAUGACGUCAUUUUGAGAAUAGUGACGUCAUUGGUGGUCUUUAUGACGUCAUAGUUGUCAAGGGAUAAAGUUUUUCAAUCUAUGAGGUCGGAAAAUAUAUUCGAUUUACUCUGUAGUAUUUUUCAAAGUUCCGUGGCGGAAUUUUCCUAUAUGACGUCAUUAAAAUAUGAUGCCAUUCUUGAUGAUAAUGACGUCAUGAUUUUAUUUAAAUCAAGGAAGUAGAAGAUUUUCUCUAAUAAUGACGCCAUUUUGAAGGAUGGUGACGUCAUUUCGAAUGAUACUGACGUCAUUGAUCGUCUUUAUGACGUCAUAGAUGUAAAGAAAAAAAAUAUUUCUUUAAAGAACAAGAAGACUUCAUCCUCGAUUUUAUGACGUCAUGACCAAUGGUUUCAAUUAAAACAAGGAAGUAUACGAUUUUUCUCCAAUAAUGACGUCAUUUUGAAGGAAAUUGACGUCAUUGGUGGUCUUUAUGACGUCAUAUUUGUCAAGAAAUGAAAUAUAAUUUUCUGAAUCUUUAAGAUCGGAAGGUAUUUGAUACUCUAUAGUAUGUUUUGAAAGGCGGUUUUUUCUCUAUAUGACGUCAUAGUCAUUCUUGAGGGGGGGAGUAUACUAUCUUUCCUCAAUAAUGACGUCAUUUUGAACAUUUUCCUUUCUGAUGACGUCAUUUCCAGGCCUAUCCCAUCCGAGAGUUGGCGGAUUUGGCCGCGUUUGGGAAAUUGCCAGUGAAAGUGGACGGUUAUCAGAGUUUGUCCGGCUCGAUUGGAGAAUCGACCAGGUUCUUCGUUCUUUAUUUUUCGAAAUGUCUUCACAGACUUUUAUAUCGCCCUCCUUAUAACAUACUUUCUAUUCUGUAAUUUGUAUAUUUGUGUUUGAAAUAAAUAAAUAAAUCAUAAAGAUGUCCAUUUUUCAGUACAACAGCUUGUGGAUCAACAUGUUCUCCGGAACGAUAGUCUGGCUAGCUUCAUUUGGCGUCAAUCAACUGGCGAUCCAAAGAUACGCCAGUUUGCCGUCGUUGAAGCAGGCUCAGGUGAAAAUAAAGGGUUUUGAAAGGGUUCAAAUAUCUUUAGUGUCAAAUAAAAAGAUCUAGCUCCAAAUUCGACAAGAACUGGUUUACUCCCCAGAGAGAAAUUCGGUAGUAUCGAGCAAAAAAUAAUCCCGAAGAGCUCCCAAAUCUUUAUUUUACCGCAGAUCUCCCGAGUUUCUCCCUAGGAAGAAAACUGCCUGGGAAACAAAAUUUUGGUAAAAUCAAGUUCAAAUUCUUCCAUGUUCAAAUAUUAGGUCGUUUACUAAGUUUCUUUCUUUUUUCGGUUGAAAGUUAUUUGGUGUAUAACUUUUCAAUUUUGGAUUCAAACAGCAAACAAUUUCUCCCCCGUCAUUCUCAGCUAUCUGUUAACAUGACUGUUAAUUUUGGAGUUCCUGACUUCAAAACGAGCAAUGAUAUACUCAAAAAAGGGCAACUAACUCGAUUUCAACCCCUCUUAGAAAAACACUUUUUUUUGUUUCUUCUAAAAAAAUUUAUGAUUCAAUGUUUUGUAGUUGAUGAAAACGAGGGAGGAUGGAAGUACAGAUAGAGUAGGCAAGCUGACUUUUUAAACAAAAAACCAGCCUAAAAAUCUUUUUUCUUUAAAAGUUUCGGUCAGUGAUCAAUGACAAUGACAUGGUCGCUCAACAUUCAGACGCUUUUCUCAUCAACGGCUUUGAGGAUGAUUUUGAUUUUUUGUGGUUAUUUAGUACAGACAUGGUCUGUAUCAGUCACGUUUUCUUCAGAAGGUCUAAACGUUCGACGCCGUCAGAGAGCCUCCAGAAGUUAAUCAAGCUGUCAUUUCAGUUGAUUACCGUUUCUCAAAAUUUUAGACCGGAAAAACUCAGUUGAACCACUUCUGCUUUGACACAUGGCUGCAGUGACCUUUGUUGUACUUGUUUUUUUAUUAACUUGAGAAAUAGCAAAAGAAAAGAAAAUUUGAGAGUGGAUAGAAACCACUGCCAUGGUGCUAUAAAAUUUUUUUGAUGAAAAAAGGCUGUAAAAUUAAAUCCUCGUGUUUCACGGUAGCUGCCGGUUGCUAAUGUUAUGCCAAUGAUUUAUUUCAAAACCUCAAACCUGAUAGAUAAUUACAAAUGUACUUCGGGGAAAAUCAAACGAAAACAGGACGCGCAUUGUUUCAACAAUUUUGGCCAAUCAUAAAUUUGUAUGGUCUGGCUUUUGAAUAAAUAACUCAUUUCUCAAAUUUUUUGGAAGCUAACGAAAACUUUCACGAGCAACCACACGACCUCAGUUUACGUUUUAUGUAACUUGUUCAAAUGAUAAGAUAGAAAAAAAGUAAGAUAAAAAAAUAAAUUCGCAAAAACUUUCCGAAAAAUCGAGAUUUUUCGAGUUCGGACAAAAGCUCUGUAUUUUUUUUUCUGCAUAGUGUUAUAGGAAUACAGUUAGUUUUAAUUUGAACUUCAGAUUGUGAAGUAGUAAAUACUAUAUGAAGCAAAAAUUGUGAGAUGUGCUUUUUCUGGUUGAAAAACUUUUUUAAAAAAAAGUCCUUCAAAAAAAGAAAGAAACUUAGUAAACAACCUAAUAAUAAACAGGGUGAUUUGUUUUUCGAACUUGGAAUGUGCUUUGAAGUACAUUUUAAACUGUAAAAAUCUAACCAGGGGAUGUUCCGAGCUCACAUUCUGAAUAAGAUUAGGUUUAAAAGAUGUAAUUUUUUACGCUGAUUUGAAAUCUUUUUUCAAAAAAUGCUUUGCGUAGGCAAAGUCGUAAAGGGUUGAAAAAGGCACCAUAGAAAUUUUCUUUUUUGCUGCCUUUUUGCGCCAUUUCAUCGGCCCUUACGCAUCAUUUUUGCUGCCUCUCUCUUUUUUACCAUUUCUUGAACCUUUAAAACCUCAAAAAAAAAAAUGGCUCAUUAGAGGGACCCUUUUUGCUGCCUUUCUGCGACCUUUUUUUGAGCCUCUCCUUUUUAGCCGCCAUUAUCCACCAUUCCGACUUUGGCCGAGUAGUAAUUUUUGGUGUUGAGCGUAAAUAUUUCAGAAAUAGUAAAUUUGCAGCCACAACUAGACUUUUCCCAAUAAAAGCCAAUUUCAGAGCAUAAUUCUGUUCACCCUGGCGCCAUUCACAGUUCUAUGCUCCAUUGUCGCUUUUGUCGGCUUCAUUGCCCUUGCCUAUUUCUAUAAUUGCAAUCCGAUCGAAUCCGGCGAGAUCAAGGAGGUCGACCACAUCACCAUACUCUUCGCUCGGGAUAUCCUGCGUAAGUUUUGAAAAAAAGGGAAUGGGCACUGAAUUUCGACAUUUCCAGAACCAACCCCAGGUCUUUUUGGCCUCUAUGUUUCCUGUAUCAUGUCGGCAACACUUUCCACCCUCUCCAGUGGAAUGAAUAGCAUGGCGGCGGCGAUUUAUGAAGAUUUCUUGAAAAAUUCUCUCGAUGGGAAGAUCACCGACACGGCAGCGACUAGGUUGAAUAAGGUUGAAAAUAAAAAAAGGAUUUUUGGGAAUAAAAAAUUCCAGUUGAUCGUCCUGGCUUGUGGAGUUAUUUCGACGGCGUUGGCGUUUGCCGCGGAGCCGCUGGGUGGAAUUUUGAGGGUUUGAAGCUUUUUUUCAGGAAAUUUAACAGAAAAAUUGAGAAAUGGGAUAGAUUAAAAUGUGUUUCAACACAUAUUCAAUGUGCAAAUUGAAAAUCCAUUUUACAUAUGUACUUUUUCAGAUUUUCUGAUCAUUUUACAGAUAAUUUAGGACAAAAGCUCAUCAAAUUUCAAGUUGAAGUUGAAAAAUUCAGCUUGAAGAUGUAAUUUGAAACGUUUAAAGUCGCUUUCCAGUUGAAAAUUUGAAAAUCAAGCCUUUUUGAGCCCGAAAAUUAAGGAAUCUCGUUAAAUCAGGCUUGUAAAUGUCAUGAGAAACGUUUGGAGAAGUUUUCCAAAGACCUUUUAGCUCCUUUCCUAAAGUUAAAAUUGAAAAAUCCACUUGUAAAGGAAUUUUUUCAGACUUCCUGACUGAAUUUGAAGUUCAAAAGAUCAAAAAAUGCAUCUUUUAGAUGUAAAUUUGGGCAAAAGCUAUGUUAAAGUUGAAAAAUUCAGCUUUUCGCUGUUUUUUGAAACGUUUGAGCUCCUCUUCCGGUUGAAAAUUUGAAAAUUUGAAAAUCAGGCCUUUUCGUGACUCAAAAUUGAGGAAUCUUGUCAAAUCAGGCUUGUAAAUGCCAUGAAAACCGUUUCGAGCAAUUUUCUGAAGACCUUUUAGCUUCUUUUUUGAGAUAAAGUUGAAAAAUCCACCUGUUGAGGAACUUUUUCAGUUGUUCUGAUUUCAUUUGAAGUUCAAAAACCAAAAAAAUGCACCUUUUAGAUGUAAAUUUGGGCAAAAGCUAUGUUAAAGUUGAAAUAUUCAGCUUUUUUCUGUUUUUGAAACGUUUGAGCUCCUCUUCCGGUUGAAAAUUUGAAAAUUUGAAAAUCAGGCCUUUUUAAGCCUAAAAAUUGAAAAAUCUCGUCAAAUCAGGCUUCUAAAUGCCAUGAGAAACGUUCCGAGAAGUUUUUUAAAGACCUUUCAGCUCUUAAAAUUGAAAAAUGCACCUUCCAGGUGUGCAUCUCGGUGAUGGGCGCCAUGUCCGGACCGAUGGUGGCCAUUUUCGUGAUGGCUCUUUUCAUGCCGAGGACGGGGACCGCCGCCACACUUUACUCGUUCAUCAUUUCCAACGCGAUUACGUUGGUCCUCUGCAUCGCCAAUUAUGUUCAGGACCCUUAUAAAGAGCUCUUCUUGCCGACUAAUACGAGGUACAGUGUGAGGGGGGAGAGUUGUGGGGUACUUUUAAAAAAAGCCAGCAUCAGGCUCGAUCAAAACAUAUUUUGAUCCUUUCUCAAAAUUUCCACGAAGAAAAUUCUUAUUACUAGGUAAAAAAAUAGUAUCCAAUGGAUUUUGAGUGAAAAAGAGCCAAACAUGUGAUUUUUGUCGUUGAAAAGGCGGAUAUUAAACGGAUUUGCGUUCUUUGGGCCAUGCCUGGUUUUUUAUGAUUGAAGCCUUCCCAAGGCUGGGUAGGGCCUGGAAAACCACCCGGAAGUAGCCCAUAAAUUGGACGAAAAAAAGCUGUUUUCACCUAUUUUAAGUCAUGAUUUCGCCCUCACCUUCUCCAUAAGUUCGCAUGAAUAAUCAAAAUAGGUUUGACGGAAAAGUUCCUUUGAAGACCCUUAGAAGGAGCUGGAAAGGUCCCGCUAAGGACUCCUCAACCGAUGGGAAAAUGUCUUUCUCUUUGCCUCAGAGGACCUUGGGACCUUUUUACUUGUUUUCCAGCAUCUUUCUAUUGUGUAGGAUGUGAAAAAGAUAUGAAAAUGAGAAUAAUCGCGAUUUUAGGGUCUCUGUUUUUUUUUUUGGAAGAACCUUUUUUAGAAAUUGAGAGAAAAGUUAAAACGCUAGACAGAGAAAAAGAAAGACUAUGACGUCAUCACCUUGCAGUUUGGUGACGUCAUUUCUUCUAAAAUCAGACAUAGGAAGGUUAUAUAAUAGGUAUUCGAAAUGGAAUAAAGAUAUCAAUUCGCCAGCAGAUGACGUCAUCUUUUCCCAAUUCGUGAAAUUUGAGCAUAGUGGGAUUUGAUAUGACAUCAUUGAAAUGAUACCCAAAUUAUGACGUCAAUACUCCGAUUUAUGUGAUCAGAACUUGUUGAAGUAUCGAUAUGACAUCAUUAAUAUGACUCAAUGACGUCAUUUUUUGCAGCUCCUGGGGAUGUGAUGGUAAUAACGAUUUCUCUAUUCGUGUCCAGCCUGUCUACGACGCUCACUAUGGAAAUCCUGACGCGCUCUUCAUCUCUAGGUGAUUUUUAUGAUGUCAUUUAGAUGGAAAAUUCGAUGACGUCACUGAAAAGCCUGACAUCAUGAAGUCUAUAAAUGUCAGCUCUUCCUCUCGCAAAUUAGACUGGAUUAUACUUUAUAAGCCAAAAUCUUUUGAAUUUCUUAUCAAUGACGUCAUUUUUCAUUAUUAUUACUUCAUGACGUCAUUAAGAACAUUUUUAAUUUUAUGACGUCAUUAAGGAUAUCCACCUACGCCUACGCGGGCGUUGGUUUCGUGCUGAUGCUGGCGACCGGCUACAUUUUCUCGUUUUUCGAAAAACCGACCCAUUCCGUCGAGAAAAUCAGCCACCUGACGUUCGCUGGCAGGAAGUGAGUCAUAACGACUCAGUAUUGCUCAUGUUACCUUAUUUUCCAGCGAGCCUUGGCCCGAAAACCGACACGAGUUUGAUCACUUCCUCUCCGAGACCAAAGCUUGA